AGUUCCCUUCUCCGAACCAACAUUGCUCAUUCCACAAUCCAUGUGUUUCAAAUUUUGCUUAUAAAUAUAGAUUGCUCACUCUUCUCUAUUCUCCUUCUCAUAUACCCUCAACUCAAAUAGGUGAUGCACUAAAGGGUGGUCUCAAGAUUUUGUCUUAGGUCCUUCUUUCACUGAUUCAUCUUAAUGGCUGACCGUGUUCACCCCCGUGACUCACCACCAGUUUCUCCAAAACCACCGUUGGAUAAGCCUGUUCCACCACCGGGAACUUAUGUCAUCAAGAUUCCGAAAGACAUAGUCCACCGAGUCCCUCCACCGGAGAAUGCUCGCCGUUACGAACAAUACACACGAAAGAAACACCGUCGGAACCGUCAUUGCUGCUGCCUUUGCUGGUUCAUUGGAAUAAUUUUCAUCCUCAUCGCGCUCCUUGGUAUUGCCGCCGGCAUUUUCUACCUUGUUUUCCGUCCAAAAGCACCAAACUACACCAUCGAAAACAUCACCAUUAGAGGAAUCAACAUAACCUCACCGUCAUCCACGACAGGGAUCUCGCCGGAGUUUGAUGUCACUGUGAAAGCUGAUAACCCUAAUGACAAGAUUGGAAUAAGUUAUGAGAAAGAUAGCUCUGCCGAAAUCUUCUAUAAAGACAUGAGGCUAUGUAAUGGCAUUUUGCCAUCGUUUUAUCAACCGUCAAAUAAUGUAACAGUGUUCAAGACGAUGUUAAAAGGUAACGGAGUUAAAAUGAGUAGCGAAGAUCAAAGAGCGUUGGUGAAGGCGCAAACUAAACAGGAAGUGCAGUUAAUGGUUAAAUUGAGAGCGCCGGUGAAAAUAAAAGUGGGGUCCGUUAAGACAUGGAAGAUUACCGUUAAAGUUGAUUGUGAUUUGAUGGUGGAUAAAUUAACUGCCAAUGCUAAGAUUGUUUCUAGGAGCUGUACUUUUAGAGUGGAUCUUUGGUAAAUAAAAAAUAUGAAAUUCUUUUGAGAUUAUUAUAGUUUUUUCAUUUUUCGGGGGGAGAUUUUUACAUAUACAUUAUUAAUACAUUGUUUUUCGAAUAAUAUUACUUUAUGUUGAGAUUAUAUGAGAUUUUACACUAUAGGACAUACAACAUAAUAUUGAUCGAUGCCUAUCCUAUCACAGAGCAGCGUCUGAUCUUGUUGUUUUUUAAUCAUA